GCAGCAACAGGGCAUGGCGGCCCCCUCUUCCUGGUAACUGUACCGGGGAGAAAGAGUGAGGGCAGACUUUACAGUAAGACGGGCUUCGUUAGGGAUGGCGGAUUUUGAUGAGAUUUACGAAGAAGAGGAAGAAGACGAAGAGCGGGCGCUGGAAGAGCAAUUACUUAAAUAUUCGCCGGAUCCGGUUGUUGUGCGAGGAUGCGGGCACGUCACUGUUUUUGGUCUUAGCAACAAAUUUGAGGCCGAGUUUCCAUCAUCGUUGACUGGCAAGGUAGCACCAGAAGAAUUUAAAGCCAGCAUCAACAGAGUUAACAGUUGUCUUAAGAAGAACCUUCCCAUCAAUGUCCGUUGGCUGCUGUGUGGAUGCCUUUGCUGCUGCUGCACUUUGGGAUGCAGUAUGUGGCCUGUUGUUUGUCUCAGUAAAAGAACACGAAGAUCGAUUGAGAAGUUAUUGGAAUGGGAAAACAAUAGGUUAUACCACAAGCUGUGCUUGCACUGGAGACUAAGCAAAAGGAAAUGUGAAACGAAUAACAUGAUGGAAUAUGUCAUCUUAAUAGAAUUUUUACCAAAGACUCCAAUUUUCCGACCAGAUUAGCAUUUUUUUUUCUUCGUUUGUAAGGACUUAAGUAUCUUGUCUUUCCAAUGGUGCCUUGCUUGGUGCUUUCCCAGAGGUGACAUAACUUUGGUUCUGCAGAAUCUUAUGGAUUUAUUUUCCCACCAAAUUUCCUUUUUGUUUUAAUGUUUUUUGUCUCCCAAAUUGAAUCAGCUUUACUAAAAAAAUAAAACAAUCACAAGGAUUUAACAUACCUCGACAAAAAAUUCAAUCCAAUUACAUUCAAAUACUGUUUACUACCAUAUUUUUUUUUUCUUUCCGCUUGAUGUUUCUACAACAACCUGCCACAUUUGCUGCAUUUUCUUCAGUCACAUUUUGGGAACCAAGAUGUCACUGCACCAUUAGGAAUCUCUCUUCAUCCAAGAAGAAAUUCUGCCAGCUGGUUCUGCAGAGGGUUCUAUUGAAUAUGUUCAAGUUAAACAUGAAUUUGUUCUUCAUAACUUCGAAAACUUGACAAGAUUUUGCAUGUUUCUGCUGAAGCUCAGGAUCUUAUAGUUGUGCUAACAUUACACUUUUGUCUCCAUCCUGUAUUAAACACCCUCCACCUAUUAAUCUUUGUUCUAAACAUAUUUUUCUUAAAGGUAAAAUACCGUAUUUGAUCCAGUAUGUUCCAAAUAACCUCAGUGGAAUCCUGGUGUCCAGUUAAUGGUAUAUGUGGUCCCACUCGAUUUGUGGCUGUGUAACACAAUCUAGAGAGAGCAAGAAGGAACAGUGUUUUAUUAGCAGUUUAAAGUAUUUGCGGUGGGAUUAUAAUUUACAGAGAAAUGUGCACAUUUAUUUUUCAUUGUGGUCCUAGCAAAGGAGUUUGGGAGUUAAGUGUUUUGGUGUACUGGGGAUCCCUACAUACUUUUAUAGUUCCAAACUGGUUCCAUGGCAGCUUAAGUUUAGGGAAGAAUGGUCUAGUGCUUUUUUGUUAAACUCUCUAUUUUACCAUACACAGGGUAGUCAAAUUGGAAAAUAAUAAUUAUUGCACAUUUGUAGAUUUAAAUUGCUUAGUUUUAUUCACAGAUUUAAUCUAAAACUUAGUGCAGGCCAGAAACUUGAGUGAUGUUGCAUAUAACACCACUACAUGGGUUUCUUGUUUCAGUGUUUAUUACAUAUUUAAUUUCAGUUUUGUUAAAUGAAUUCUAUAUGAAAACAUAGUUUUAAAGCUGUGUUAUUUGAUGUGUAGCAUUUUAAAUACACAUGCUAUGUUCAAAUGGUAAUUAGAUGUUUAUUACCACUAUAAAAGCUACUCUAAUCUUAUUCUUAUUAAAUAUAUACAUUAAUAUUCUUAGCCACCAUUUGAAGUAUGUUAUAUACGUCUGUGGUGGUAGAUAGCAGACUUAUUUCUGCUGAGAUCUGGAGAUUUGUAAUGUUUUAUAAAUUCCAGGUUUAUGGAAAAAACUAUUAAAAAAUUGUCAAGCUGUUUGUUAUUUUUCUUAUUUUGAUGUACUAACAUGAUGUGAAUCAGAUUGUAUGGAAAAGCAGUUAUUUUCUCCAAUUUUUAUUUUGGAACAUAUUAAUAAUUAUAACUAUUCCUCCAGCGGGUUUUUUUGUGUGCAUAUCCAAUGCUGGCAAUGGUAUGCACCCUUAAACAAAAGUCGUACAUACACUCAGAUGUCAUAUAAGUAGUUGUAUGAAGCUUGGCAUAGUUAUGUUAUCAUAUUUGUAUGUUAAUAAAUGGAUAAAACCA